AUGUUAAAAGCAUUAGCAUCUGGGCUAUCAAUUUUGUUGCUCCUCGUUUGUGUUUCCGCGUCUGAUAACGGAUUUCCGCGGUGCAAUUGUGACGAUGAUAACAGCUUGUGGAGCAUUGAGAGCAUACUAGAAUGUCAGCGAGUGAGCGAUUUCUUAAUUGCCGUGGCCUACUUUUCCAUCCCCAUUGAGCUGCUUUACUUUGUCAGCUGCUCAAAUGUGCCUUUCAAAUGGGUCCUCUUUGAGUUCAUUGCCUUCAUUGUGCUAUGUGGAUUGACACAUUUACUCAAUGGCUGGACUUAUGGCCCUCACCCGUUCCAGCUUAUGCUGGCUCUCACAGUUUUCAAAAUUCUUACUGCUCUGGUCUCUUGUGCCACUGCUAUAACACUCAUCACUCUCAUCCCUUUGCUUCUCAAAGUGAAAGUGAGGGAGUUUAUGUUGAAGAAGAAGACUCGGGAUCUUGGGAGAGAGGUUGGAAUUAUAAUGAGACAGAAAGAAGCUGGAAUGCAUGUUCGGAUGCUUACCCAAGAGAUUCGCAAGUCGCUUGAUAGGCAUACAAUUCUGUCAACAACACUUUUUGAGCUAUCUGAGACAUUGGGUUUGCAGUACUGUGCAGUUUGGAUGCCUAAUGAAAAUAAAACAGAGAUGAUCCUGAUCCAUGAGUUGAAAGGGAGGAAUUAUUCUCAUAUGUACAACUUUUCUAUUCCGAUAAAUGAUUCAGAUGUUGUACAUAUCAAGGUGAGUGAUGGGGUGAACAUCCUUAGGCCUGACUCACCACUUGUUCAUGCCAGUGAUGACUCAGGUGAGCCGGGACCAGUAGCUGCAAUUCGGAUGCCAAUGCUUCGGGUUUCCAAUUUCAAAGGAGGAACUCCAGAGUUGAUCCAGACUUGUUAUGCGAUAUUGGUUUUGGUCCUCCCUGGUGGACAUCCUAGAUCUUGGAGCAGCCAAGACCUUGAGAUAAUUAAGGUAGUUGCUGAUCAAGUGGCCGUUGCUUUAUCCCAUGCUGCAGUCCUUGAAGAGUCACAACUCAUGAGGGAGAAGUUGGCCGAGCAAAAUCGAGCCCUGCAACAGGCAAAGAUGAAUGCUAUGAUGGCAAGCCACGCAAGAAACUCAUUCCAAAAGGUAAUGAGUGAUGGGAUGAGGAGGCCAAUGCACUCAAUUUUGGGAUUGCUUUCAAUGAUGCAGGAUGAGAAUUUGAAUAAUGAUCAACGAGUUAUUAUUGAUGCAAUGGUGAGGACGAGCAAUGUCCUAUCAACCUUGAUAAAUGAUGUGAUGGAUAAUUCUGCAAAGGACAGUGGAAGAUUUCCAUUGGAGAUGAGAUCUUUUCGGUUACAUGCAUUGAUAAAGGAAGCAGCUUGCCUUGCCAAAUGCUUGUGUGUGUACAAGGGCUUUGGAUUUGCAAUUGAAGUGGAGAAGUCCUUACCUGAUCAUGUCAUGGGGGAUGAAAGAAGGGUGUUUCAGGUGAUUUUGCAUAUGGUGGGAAGCCUGUUAAAUGGAUAUAAGGGGGGAGGGUUGGUCGCAUUUCGGGUUGCUUCGGAUAAUGGAAGUCAGGGAAGGAAUGAUCAAAGAUGGGCAGCCUGGAGACAUAACUCGUCUGAUGGUGAUGUAUAUAUUAGAUUUGAGAUUGCGAUGACCAAUAGUGGUUCUCAGUCAGAGGGCACUAUUCCAGCGGUGCAGCUUGUUGGUAGGAGAUACGUCAGUGAGGGAAUAGAUGAGGGCUUGAGCUUCACCAUUUGCAAAAAGCUAGUGCAGUUGAUGCAAGGAAAUAUAUGGGCAGUCCCUAACCCUCAAGGAUUUGCUCAAAGCAUGGCACUCGUUCUUCGGUUUCAACUUCGACCAUCCGUUGCAAUAGCCAUCUCUGAACCUGGAGAAUCAUCAGAGCACCCACAUUCGAAUUCUAUUUUCAGGGGCUUGCAAGUUUUAUUAACUGAUGAUGAUGAUGUAAACAGGGCUGUGACGCGGAGACUGCUUGAGAAGCUAGGCUGCAUUGUAACUUCUGUUUCAUCUGGAUUAGAAUGCCUUUCUACUAUUGGUCCUGCCGGAACCUCUAUCCAAAUUGUUUUUCUGGAUCUUCACAUGCCCGAGUUGGAUGGUUUUGAAGUUGCAUUGAGAAUUAGAAAAUUCCGAAGCCGAACGUGGCCAUUGAUUAUUGGCGUAACCGCUAGUGCCGAUGAAGAUGUUUGGGAUCGAUGUAUGCAGAGUGGCAUCAACGGAGUUAUCCGAAAACCAGUGUUGUUGCAAGGGAUUGCCAAUGAGCUACGACGAGUCUUGCAGCAGGCAAACAACGGGAUGACAUAA